AUGAGCAUAACGAGUCCCGGUGACUACUUCUUGCGAGCCUCAGAUCUCCUCAAGCCAGCGGGUCUCAAAUGGAUCGGGAACUGCAAUGGACUAAACGCCGGAUAUGCCGCGGAUGGCUACGCUCGGAUCAAAGGAAUUUUAGCACUCUCACAACAUAUGGGAACUGUCAGCUCUCCAUGCCCCAGUAGUUCAAUUGUGGGGACCGCAGCCCGAAAGGCAAACGGAGAUAAGGCUAUGGUACACCAUAGUGUAUGCGAUGGGGAUAUGCGGGUGUAUACCGAUAUUUACAAGAGAUUUACCGUUGCGCAAGCUGGCCUUUUCGACCCUUCCAUGGCUCUAGGGCUUCUUGAUCGGGGGGUCUGGAGAAAUGUAUUAAGGAAAGCCGGCGUGUUUAUAUCGAAAUACCUUCUGAUAUGGUUGGAGUCCAAGUACCUGAGUCUUCAUUACACACAGUUCGAGAGUGUGGUUGUGGAUUCGAUGGCCUUGCAGCACUAUAUGGGAAUCACAUGCGAAGCUAGCGAGUUUGCACGUAUAACUGGUUUCCUUACCUUCGGCCUGACCUUCAGAGGUGGCAUCAUCAAUGGAACCCUGCCCACUAUCACGGGGCUCAUGCUGGCAAUUACGGAUCGCUCGACUGUACUCCAUACUGACACAAACACCCAUGGCUGGUCCACGGUGCCGAGGAAAGACAUCGCCAUCGCUUUUCGUCGAAAGAGCAUUGAAUUGCAGAAUCAAUACCUUCCCAUAAUCCGAAAUCUAGCAAAAUCACUCCCUCCCAUUGACCCUUUGGCCCCCAUGAACCAGGACACUUUUUACCUACGCUUAUCUUCUUUUUUCCGCCCCCGAGAUAUCAUUGCCUGUGCUAAUGACACUCCACUCAUGGGCAGCCGCGACUUCGUCCUCCCUCCAAAGACUAGACUGAUUAAUUCCGGAAUCUGGUUAUCCAUCGGUCACAUGCUUCCCGCGACCCAAGGAAUAUCUCUCGCGAAACGAGAACUCCAAACCGGUAGCUGCACCAUUUUCUUCCAGGGCGAUGGCAGUUUCCAGGCUACAACACAGGAGCUUAGCACUCUCAUUCGACAUAAGCUUGAUGCGCGGCUGAUUCAAGGGUUGGAUGCUGAAUAUAAUGAUGUUGUACCGUGGCAGUAUCUGAAAGCACCUGAGAGGAUGGGUGCUCCUGAUGAUGGGUCAUAUGAUAUCGAAACCCACGACGUAGGCACCUUCCAGCUUAGGAAAGGGCUGAAGCUAGUGAAUAUAAGAUUGGUAAGAGAAGGCAUGGCUACAAACCUCAAACUGGCUUUGAAGCUAGUGGGCCAGCAGUUAAUGGCCGAUCCCACACCAGAACCCCAGCCGCCCCUUUCUAGCUCAACACCUUCGAUAUCCUACCCUCCCACUUCUCUUCCCAGCCGUAUCCGCUUGAAGCUGGAUAUGAAGUAUCGCCCAUUCCGCCUUGACGUCUACCGAAGUCCCGGGUCUCUUUCCGUCAUUGUCCUAGGGAUAAUAAACACUCUCAAUUACAUGAUUUUAGCAAGUGUUUGUUCCCAAACAAACAACACACUUGAACUUUAUUCCAGUACCCAUCUCACCAAAUAUAGAUCCGCCAGUCCACCGCCGAUUGAUCUCCGGGAGGAAUAUGAAAACGGAUUUCCAAAGACGCCAGAGCGCUAA